AUGUCAUUCACUACGUGCAAAUAUUCGCACUCAGUUCGUUUUCGGGGCCAAUCCAAACUUCGUGCAUCCUACCAAGGACAACUCGCCAAUACACGUCGCUUGUCAAUACGGACAACUUGGCCAGGUGGAGGUUUUGCUUGCUUAUGGGGCCGACGUCUGCGUACGCGAUAUGCAAGGACGAACGCCGGUCGAUCCGUAACACCAUUUCACUGUCUAGCUGCUAUGCUACAAGAAGAAAGCAAGAGGGCUGAGUUACUGCGAGAUUGCCCUAGACUAGACAAGUCCAGUCGAGAUGCCGGGGUUUGUUUCGUUCUACGAACCUUCCGGUCAAUUGCGUUGGAGCGCUCUUUGGCCGCUGCAGAAGCGGUCGGUUCUCUUCCAACCGGUCCUAUUUCGCCAGAACAGAAACUGCGAAUUGCCUGGUCUCCGCUUGUCGAUACCUUGGUCAACGCCUACUAUGAGGUUACUGACGCACUAGCCUACUUUCUGGCGCGACGAAUUCCCGAUCACAAAGAAGCGGUUUUGGGUCCGAACAUCUCCAUGUCUCCAGCGCUUCCUACUCGCAAAGACUCAUUGAAACCUGGCAGUCGUCCGAAUGGAGCCAGCCAAAUGGGUUUCCCUUCGUCUCACACAAUGACCAGCGGACAUUUUCUAAUCUCUACUCCUCUUCUGCACACGCUGAAUGGAAGUUCAAACGGCUCUUCUUCUGAAGAUUGGAUCUUCGAAGCUCGCCGGCGACUGAGUCAGUUGCCCAAUAUGGCUUUUGAGAGCACUGACCGAAAGAUCCGUCGUUUGAGCCCGACUUUUGCCUCUCGACUUCCCCUGUCUAGGCGGCCUGUCAGUAUCCCAGCCCUCGUGCUUCCUUCAGGCGGCAUAGCAGCUAGGCACCGAAUGGGCGCUACAGCUGAACGAUUAUUCUUUAUCUUAUCCUCUGAAAUUCCUAUUACGAUCCGACUGGUUAUGUUCUUUGCAUGA